CGCAGCUCCUCUUUAUCUCUCUUGGCACGUCCACACGUAUCAAUCAUAUUUCACCAUGAGCGCUGACGAAGAUUCCUCCGAAACCCCGAUAAAUGGCCAGGAUCUUAUCGUGGACGGAUGGUUCCACGAACGUGGCGUUCUUUGGCCUGGUCAGGCCAUGUCGCUGCAAGUGAAGAAAGUGCUGUACCACGGCCGUUCCCUGUUCCAGGACGUACUGGUGUUCGAAUCGACCCAUCACGGAACCGUUCUAGUCUUGGAUGGUGUUGUCCAAGUGACGGAGCGUGACGAAUUUGCGUAUCAAGAGAUGAUUGCCCAUAUUCCUCUGUACGCGCAUCCGGAUCCCAAAAAAGUGCUAGUGAUCGGUGGUGGUGACGGUGGUGUGCUGCGAGAAAUCGCACGCCACCCGUCGGUGGAGGAGAUUGUGAUAUGCGAGAUUGACAAGGAUGUGAUUGAGGUUUCGAAAAAGUUCCUGCCGUCGUUGGCGCAGGGGUUUGACGACGCGCGAGUGAAAGUACACGUGAUGGACGGAUCGGAGUUUAUGCGAGCCAACCAGGACACCUUUGACGUGAUCGUUACCGACAGUUCCGAUCCCGUGGGCCCGGCGUCGGUGUUGUUCGAAACGCCGUUUUUCAAAGCCAUGCACGGAUCUCUCCGCGAGGGCGGUAUCGUUUGUACGCAAGGAGAGUGCAUCUGGCUGCAUUUGGAUUUAAUCCGUCCCUUGAUCAAUUCGAUCGCGUCAGUGUACACUACGGUCGAGUACGCGUACACGACCAUUCCGACGUACCCGUCGGGUCAGAUAGGCUUUAUCGUGGCGACCAAGGGACGUGGCAGCUGUCAGAGUCCGGUGCGCCAACCCGACACCACGACGCAAGAGUUACUGCGUUACUACACUCCACACGUGCACCGUGCGUCGUUCGUGUUGCCCGCCUUUGCGCAGCGUGCCAUCUUUCCGUAAAAAAACGGAAUUCGGAGUGGGAGUGUUCGUUCCGGGUUGGUGUUACUCGUAAAGCUAGAGUUCAGGAUUAAUG